AUAUCAUCUGUUUCUGCCUGCACAAUCGUAUCGUACAGAAUGAUUUCGCCUCCACACUUCCACAGUAUGAAACGUUCUCCAUCAUUAUAUCUUGAUCUUCAAAUACCGCCAUAAUGGCAGCGCCUGCGACAGAAGAUCACACUCCACAAACAAUUCAACCUCUAGAUACCUCCAUGAUGGCCGAACCCGAGCCCCGCGACGAUGAAAGGGAACCUACUGUUUGUCUCACAAUACACUUCCGUGGAAGGCCCAAUGAAUUUACAGUCCCGGCAGACUGCACGCUCUCUGAUCUCGCAGAGAUGGUCGCGCAGAUCUAUGGCAUACCUGCCGCAAGGCAGAAGUAUAUGGUUACACCCAAGGAGGGAACCUACAAGCACCCUUUCCCUCCUCUAUCAGCAACCUCUCUACACAACAAGAAGAUAGUGCUUCUCGGGACUCCCGAAAAGGAAAUUGCCGACCUCCAAGAGUCCAUCCGGGAAGCCCAGCGACAGAUGCAACGGCGGCGACUGGCUCGCAGUGGCAAGGCGCCAGCCGUCAGCCGACGAGUCGACUGGAAGAAAGCCGGCGAGGAGGCGCAGUACACGUUUCACGCGAUCAGGCCGCUCGCGUACCUGCCGAACCCGGAGCGGUCGCAGCGCUUUCUGGAGCAGCUGGCCAACGACCCGGGCAUCAAGGCGAGCAUGCGCAAGCACCGCUUCAGCGUCGGGCUCCUGACGGAGAUGGACCCGGCCAUGCACACGACGCACGAGUCGCGCACGCUGGGGCUGAACCGCAACCGCGGCGAGGUGAUCGAGCUGCGGCUGCGCACCGACGCGUACGACGGCUACCGCGACUACAGGACCAUCCGCAAGACGCUGUGCCACGAGCUGAGUCAUAACGUGUGGGGCGACCACGACCGCAACUUCUGGGACCUGACCAAGCAGAUCGAGGACGAGGUCGAGCGCAACGACUGGAGCCGAGGCGGCCGCGCGCUCGGCGACGACGAGUUCUACAACCCGCACGACGGCGGCGUAACGGACGAGGAUCUGGUCGACGAGGGCGGCUGGACCGGUGGCGAGUUCGUGCUUGGUGGACAGGGCGCCGGCAGUCCUGCCGAGGGACUGAGCAGGAGAGAGAUUCUGGCCAAGGCUGCCGAGGAAAGGGCGAGAAAGGCGAAAGACACGAAGGACAAUCGGGGGCCCUCUGCCUCGUCUUGACAAUGGGGCAACCGGCGAUUACACAUUGAAGAGAACAUCAGCUGAAGGUAUGAAAUUUAGGUCUUAUUACAGCAUCGGGAUCAGCAUCAGUAUAGCAGCGGCAUUUCUAGAUGACACGAAGAGGCAAUCGACACCAUCUGAUCCCGUCUAGCUUGUACAUCGAAUUCAAGCACGAGUCAACGAUUCCUCUUUUCCCCACUGCACCCUCCCUUUCCGGUCUUGGUCUCUUCUUGAAGUUUCUGAUCGCUGUCCUUUUCAGCUCGCCCUCGUCCAACGCAGGAGCAGUCAAAAAAGGGAAACAAAAGACCUUUCCGCCAGAUCACCCGAGGCGUGCUGUUCCUAAACGAUCAUGGCUCUCAGCUUCGUGAACACUAACUGCACGCCUAAUCUGCCUCAUACACGGUCAUUGUCCACGGAAAAGGAAUAUCUUUUGUGCCAGCGGGCGCAGAUUGAUGCCGACGCGGGAGCUGAGCUGCUCAACCUGUAAGGUCCACAAUGUGCUGCCGACAUACAAGGAUUGUGGCAGAGUCUAUUAUAGUACAAUCAUGAUAAUGUAUAUUGAGUCAAAGAGUACCUUUUCCCAUUCUCUUUCUUCGACGGGUUUU